GCCGGGGGGGUUGCUGUGAGUCGGGUGGUGUGGAUUGGGUUUAGCGUGGUUUUACGACGGGGCUCGGCGCUGCCGGUAUGGGGAACACCGUCGCCAGAGAGGAUUUCGAGUGGGUCUACACGGACCAGCCUCACGCCGACCGCCGCAAGGAGAUCUUGGCUAAACAUCCAGAGAUAAAAGCGUUGAUGAAGCCAGACCACAACUUGAUCUGGGUGGUCAUGCUGAUGGUUCUUGCACAGUUAACUGCAUUUUAUCUAGUUAAAGACUUGGACUGGAAAUGGGUUAUCUUCUGGGCAUAUGUUUUUGGCAGCUGUAUUAGCCACUCCAUGACCCUGGCUAUUCAUGAGAUCUCUCACAACAGUGCCUUUGGCAACAGCAAAGCAAUGUGGAAUCGAUGGUUUGGAAUAUUUGCCAACCUCCCCCUUGGUCUCCCAUACUCUAUAUCCUUCAAGAGAUACCACAUGGAUCAUCAUCGUUACUUGGGAGGUGAUGGAAUUGAUGUGGACAUUCCUACCAACUUCGAAGGCUGGUUUUUCUGCACCCGUUUUAGGAAGUUCAUAUGGAUUGUUCUUCAGCCUUUUUUCUAUGCCAUUAGACCUCUCUGCAUCAAUCCCAAACCCAUUAGUCGACUUGAAAUAAUCAAUUUGUUGGCUCAGCUUUCCUUUGAUGUCAUGAUAUAUUAUUUAUGGGGAGUCAAAUCCAUUUUUUACAUGCUUGCUGGUUCAGUACUUGGACUUGGGUUGCAUCCAAUUUCAGGACACUUCAUAGCUGAACAUUACAUGUUUUUAAAAGGACAUGAGACUUACUCCUACUAUGGGCCACUUAAUUUGCUCACUUUUAAUGUUGGCUAUCACAAUGAGCAUCAUGAUUUCCCCAAUAUUCCUGGCAAGAGCCUUCCACUGGUGAAGAAAAUAGCAGCUGAAUACUAUGACAACCUGCCACAAUAUAACUCUUGGAUAAAAGUAUUGUAUGACUUCGUGAUGGAUGACACAAUCAGCCCAUAUUCACGCAUGAAAAGGCAUUUAAAGGGUGAAGUGAAGCAAGAUUAAACUUCUGGCAACCAAAAUACUUUAUCUGCUUGCUUUAAAGUGGCUGGUAUAAGGUCUCUUGCUAAAGAUGUUCACCAGUGUCCUGUAUUAAGAUCUACAGCAACAUAGCAAUGCAUCCUUAAAGAUUUUGUAGCAGACUCCUGCCAGCUAUAACAUUCCUUGCAGUCCUCAGAUUCAUUGGUUUAAUGUGUGUAUGUUUGCCUAAGGAUCAGUAUUAUAUGCGUAAUCCUAAAUCACUUUGUUACAGAAUUUACUUUGGUGGUUGUUAAAUCUAUAUAAAGUAUCUGUCCAACUGGUAAUAUUUUUAAAGUUCUAGGUGUAGUACACUGCCCACAACAUGCUACUUAGAUGACUAGUGUUACAGUGCUGUACUUACCUGUUAAUCCUGAUUUGUUAACAUAAACCUUCUGUUGAACUUGUUUCUUAACUUAUGGAUGGAAGAACUGAAUUUGCACAGAAAUGUUGUCUGCUUUUGUUUAAAUAUAUCUAUCAUGUAAUUUGAA